AUGGUGAAGAGAGAAGAUUACACCAAGGAAGGGACCAGAAGAAUCAACAUCAAAGAAUCUAGCGAGCCAGCAAGAAGAUUCUCAGAAGUGGCAUAUCUUGGCUUUCCAUAUUGGUUGGAUAUUUGUGGAAGAAUAGGAACAAACGUAUUGUCACCAAACACAUAUUAUGUUGCUUAUUUGGUGUUCAAAGUGGUAGAUUUGUACCGUAGACUUGAAUCUAUUGAUUCACCUAUUAUGUUAGUUAGUGAUAAGAAUGAAACUGUGACUGAAGAACAAACCAACAUUGUGAGGCUUGCAGCAUUAUUUCCCAAACUGAGAGGAGAUGGUUGGAUGGAAAUAGAAUUGGGAAAUUUUAAUAGCAAGGAAAGUAGUGAUGGCCCUGUUGUAGAUAGAUUGAUUGGGGUUAAACGUGUUGAUUUCAAAAUAAGUGGCCUCAUCAUUGAAGGAAUUGAGUUUCGUCCUAAAAUAAUCGAAUAA